AAGUCCGGUAAUGAUGAAGCGGUUGCUGAUAAUCAUUAUUUUCUUUGUAGACAUGACAAGGUACGUUCGAACAAAGAACUGCACAAUUUCAACGGCAACAGUUCAGUAUGUGAGUGCUUGUCCAACAGAUGAACUGACUUGGAAAAAAGCUGCAAAAACAAAGAACUGUGAAAGUCUCGCAAGCUUUGCUGUAACAGAAGGCUGUGCUAACAACCCGUCCGAUUUUGUCUAUCAUUGUGUAAUCAAUCGUUGGAUGAAUGCAACACUAGAAGUUUGCGCCCCAACGCGAUACAUGCAAUCUUUCUGCGUUGAUUUCGACACUGAAUUAGCCAGAAUUACAGAAAAUUAUAAAGCAAAUUGUAGUGUCCUUAAACCACCCUGUCCACCAAGGUAUAUUUCAACAGAUGCCUACAAAUACCAGGGUUGUUACGACAUUGUUAAAUUCACAACAACCACAAAAGUCACAACAAACGCUACAGCAACGACUGCUUAUAAUCCAAUGACGAUAAAAAGCGAACCUUUUCAAGCUCAAGUUGUUAUUAUCGGUGCUGUUCUUGUGGUUUGUGUUGUUUUCAUUCUUGCAAUCCUCAUAGUUUCGGGGUUAGGCUGUUAUAUAAGAAAACUAAAGAAAAGGAUUAAAAAUUUGAGUGAAGGUUCACGGGACGGAAGUGAGAUGAAAUUGAUGGACGAGAAUGGAGAUAUUGAAAACCAAGAUGGUCAAACCGACAAUGCUAAGCAAGACAGAGCAGAGUACAUAUCUCAGAUUCAUGGAUUUGAAAAUACAGAGUUUCUCGACGAAACAAGACUAGAAGAUAUUAAAGGAGAGCAGAUAGAGAAUACAAUAGUAAUGAUCGAAUUUGCAGUUGCCACUUUAAAGAUGGGAGAAAAGAGAAUGGGCCGACAAUUUUUGUAUACAGCAAAAAUAAUUGCUUUCCUGACUUUGUCGAGCCAAAAAGAAACAGAAGGAACCCUCAAUACAGAGCAACCCAGACAAGCAGAGCUAAACCACAAUGACCACGACUAUGCAGUUUCUGGAAGUACUGAAGAAGGGUUUGAUGGAGAAUGUGCAAUGACAACUUCACAGUGUGAAGGAGGGAUCCACGCUGAUCACAGUUAUACUGCUUAUUUUCCAGAGGCAUCCAAAGAAAGUGUUGAUUUAGCAGAAAGAGUGAAAGAGCUCCAAAGAGAAUUAGAGUCACUAAAACUGAAAAAACAAGCCUUUACAAUUUGCAACAUAAUACAGGACCCAGACAAGAUGCUGUUAUAUACUUCAUUUCCCUCAGAAGUUUUCAAUACACUGGUGUCUUUGUUGGAAAGAAUGGCCCCAUUCCAAUACUAUAAUGGAUGGACGGUACAAGGGAUCAGUACCAGUGACCAGCUCCUUAUGACUCUUAUGAAGUUACGCCUUAAUUUAAGGGAUUUGGAUUUAGCAGAAAGAUUUAACACCAGUAAAAGUACUGUCUCCAACAUAUUGAAUACCUAUGUUACAGCGCUGCAUGAAAUUUUAUUUGAAGGAGUGAUGAAGGCUGUUGGGAUACCCUCCCAGUUAAAAUGCAAAGGGUCAAUGCCCAAAUCAUUUGAGGAGUUUUCCUCUGCGAGAAUAGCAAUGGAUGCCACCGAAAUCACACAAGAUGUACCAUCAGACAUGAAUAACCAGUCGCUAUCUUACAGCAACUACAAAAGUCGCCAUACAGUAAAAGCUGUCACGUGUGUAGCACCAAAUGGUGCUUUAGUGUAUUGUUCAGAACUCUAUCCUGGAUCCACCUCUGAUGCUGCCAUUGUUGAUCACUGUGGUGUAUUGGAUAUGUUGAAGCCAGGUGAUAUGAUCCUUGCAGAUAAGGGCUUCAACAUAUUUGAUAAGCUUCCACCAGGAGUGACAUUAAACAUACCACCUUUCCUGUCAUCCAAAUGUCAUUUCACAAAGGAAGAAGCACAGCUUUGUUACAAGAUUGGGAGAAGUCGAAUUCAUGUGGAGCGAGCAAAUGAAAGAAUCAAGAACUACCGUAUUCUAGAUCACAUUCCUGCACAAUACAGACAUCUUGCCACUAAAAUUUUCCAACUGUGUGUAGCUCUUGUUAAUUUGCAAGCUCCUCUGUUGAAGGAAAUAGCAGAAAACUUUCUCACUUUUCCUGAAAAAGAAACCUCGUCCCGCUAUUUACUUAAAAAUAUCUAUUUAUUGUAUAACGGACCUCCAGCUCAAGCAAAAGAACACCUUGAGAGUUACAAGAAAUUCGACGAGUACUACGUUGAAACAUCCUUAUAUAGGAAGAUACAGAACAGCUUCAAAGAAAAUGGAGUUGUAGUAAUAGAGGGACCAACUGGUUGUGGCAAAACAGCAGCUGCUACCCAUUUGUUAUUAAAGUAUUAUGAGCUAACAGGUAUUGACGUACUGAAGGUAACAAAAUUUACCGAUCUAUAUCAGUAUAAGAGUGAAGGGGGAUCUUCAGUCAUUUUUCUAGUAGAUGAUUUAGAUAUUGAUAACCCAGACAUGCCAAACUGGGAAAUAGCAUUUGAAAUGCUCUACAUAAAGAUGGAAGAAGUACGUGAAGUUCAUCGCAGAGAAGCUCAUAGAAUUCGAUUAGUUGUUACAGCGUUUCAUAUUCCAUCAAGAUUACGUAAUCUCCCAAUAUUUUCAAAAGACUUUUUAAUUCAUGAAUCCGAAUUAAGUAAGAAGGAAAAGCUUAAAAUUUUGCAGAAACAAAUGAAAUACGCCAGUGAAUAUUUGAAAAUCAAGUAUGAAUCUCUUGAUAAAGAUGUUCAGGAAAAUGUUGAAACUGCAAAUACAGUUGUCGGAUUUCCUCUUGCUGCACAGUUGUACGCUAGAGAAGAAAAAUAUCGCAAGAAAGGGAAGGAGUUUUUCAAAAGUCCUAAGAUAUUUUUCAAAGAUUCAUUGAAAGAAUAUGUAGAGAAUGAUGAAAGCAAAAGCAUACUCACAGCGCUAAUCAUUGUAUAUUUGCGUGAAAUAUAUGAAAGACAUGGAAAUAUACCAGACGAUAUAGCUGGGGCAAAGCUAGCCUUACCAAAAACAUGCAGAAAGGCCAUAAAAUCGGAUAUAGUAAAUAGCCUAAAUCUGGAAUACGAGAAUUUAUCUUAUUCCGCAACUAGGCUUCUCGGGCUUUUCUUUUUGAAAACAGAGGAGGGCACAUAUAAAUUUUGCCACUCGCUUGUUUUGGAUUCAGUAAGUUCCUAUCUUUUUGACGAGUACUUCGAAACUGUCGUUGCACAUUUCCCCCUGGCUGCCAUUGCAUAUGAAACGCACGAAUUUUCUGAUUACAAGGAAACACAGUUCUCUUUUAUCAGUGACAGAUUAAUAAGGGAAAUGGAAGCUGGAAAUUUGGAAGACGUAUGCAAGUGUACCAUUCUGAAAAAUGAAUUAAUUUUAAAAAUCAUGGGUAGAAAAUUACAAGAAAAUAAGACCACUUUGAAAAAAAUCUUGACAGCGUUUGACAGUAAGCAUGAGCAUUUGCCUCUGACAUUUUGGGCAGGCCGAUAUGAACUGUUGAGAUUUUCAGCCAUACUCUUGGAUUUCGUAGACGCACACAUUUCACAUCAGCAAUUUAUAAAUAGAUACUUUUCAUUGCUGGGAGAAUUUUCUACCAGGUCUCCUAAAGACCUGAAUGAUACGAUACACCAAAUCCAAGAUUCAUCAGAAAUCAGAAAAAUGUUGUUUUCUGAGAGGCCGAGUUUUAUUCAUGAAAUAAUUUCAUCCAACAGACAAGAUGAAGAUGUCAAGACAAUUCUCGAACAUCUUGUAAAGGACGGAAUGUCUUUGGAUACUCUUGACAGAAACAAAAGAACACCGAUAAUGAUCGCUGUAUAUUGUGAUAAAGAAAGGGGCUUAACAAUCGACCUGUUGUUGAACAAAUCGGAUUUGUCAAAGGUAGACAGCAAGGGUUAUUCUGUGUUCCAUCAUUGUGUUGCAGCUGAGAAAAGUGAUCAAAAAUGUUCUCUCAUUCUUCUAAAACUUCUUGGUACUUAUAACAUUCCUACAGGUGUCUUGAAUCUUGAAAGUAAUUCUGGUCGUACAGUUCUGCACAGAGCGGCAUUAGUGACAAAACAUAGCAGAAUACUUUGCAUGAUGAUUUUGCUUGGUUUUGAUAAAGGACUCUGUAAAAAUAACAUGCUAGAUGAAACAGGCAGAACUCCAAUAUACAAUAUGAUUAAACAUCUCAAUAAAAGGGGUGUUUUUGUUGAACUAGAGAGACUAAUUCGGGUAUGUAUGCUCUUACUACAUGAUAUCUCCCCUUAUGAUAAGGCAGAAAGCGGUGAAAAGAGUGCUUGGGAUGUUAUUAAAGAAAACAAAUCCGGCAUACAUCAAAAAUUAUUUCAAUUAAUUAAAGUAAGUCCAGAUCAAGAGGAAAUUAUUGAAAUCAUUAGCUCUGUACUCGAUGACGUACCACAGAAUGUUGAAAGAACUGAUAUUCCUUUCGAAACACCAAACGCAACGGAAAUCUUUUCUGCGAGUUUGAUAAUGCUGUUUAAAAAGGCAGCUCAGUGUCUGUGUACUAAAACAUUCAAUGAAAUUCAAACAAUGUAAUUCAAUUGGAUUGUCAUGUGUUAUAUGUUUUCAAAAUCGCUUGGAAAGAAUAUCAACAAUUGAUAGCAUUACAAAUAAAAAAGAAAGUCAAA